UGGCGGUGGCCACGCGGCCUGCUAGGCCCCUUCUCAGAUCCGGCGGCUGCAUGGCUUCGGUCUCCGCUGCCGCCUCCUCGGGCGGCGCGGCCCGGAACCUGCUGCAGUUCCUGCGGCUGGUGGGGCAGCUCAAGAGGGUCCCACGGACUGGCUGGGUAUACAGGAAUGUAGAGAAGCCAGAGAGUGUAUCUGAUCACAUGUACAGGAUGGCAGUUAUGGCUCUGGUGACCAAAGAUGACCAGCUUAACAAAGACCGAUGUGUACGCCUAGCCCUGGUUCACGAUGUGGCAGAAUGCAUCGUUGGGGACAUAGCACCAGCAGAUAACGUCCCCAAAGAAGAAAAACAUAGGCGAGAAAAGGAAGCUAUGAAGCAGCUAACCCAGCUUCUGCCAAAGGACCUCAGUAAGGAGCUCUAUGAACUUUGGGAAGAGUAUGAGACCCAGUCCACUGCAGAAGCCAAAUACGUGAAGCAGCUGGACCAGUGUGAGAUGAUUCUACAGGCGUCGGAAUAUGAAGACCUUGAGAACAGACCUGGGAGACUGCAAGAAUUUUAUGAUUCCACAGCAGGAAAAUUCAGUCACCCUGAAAUAGUCCAGCUUGUGUCUGAACUUGAGGCAGAAAGGAACACCUGCAUCGCUGCAGCCUCCAGUGAGCCACACUCCUGAGAUGUUCUCUACAUGCCUGUGAUUCUGGAAGAAACCUGUUAUCUUUCCAUUUCAUGGCAUUGUGUUUGCCACCGUAAGUCUGUUGAUUUCCCCAGAUGUGAGUCUGUUUACUUUCAGUUGUCCAGACUCCAACAAGAAGCGGCAUGUCAUUCGGGCAAUAAAAGAAGCUAUAGAACAGGAUAUGGUGAUCAAAAUGGUAUAGAUGAAAACUUGAGGGGGGAAGCCUUUUUUAUGAGCUGAAUAAAUAAAUGUUAAAAGCCUACAA